AUGUGUUACAAAGCCAUUAUUUUGGAGAACACAUUAGACAGACGAGAAGAAAUAAAAAAUAUGAAAGUUGAAGAUGUAACCAGCGACAACUUUAAUUGGAUUGCUGAAUUGAUUAAAGCAUUGAUUUAUUUUUCUCUGCUUUUUUCUCAUACGAGUGAGCUAGUGGGAAAUCGAAAGCACUUCCUCAAUACUUUAUUUCUGCUGUUGCUGCUUGCUACUUCUUGUGCACUCUAUCUUCACAAUUGUUAG